GAGAGAGAGAGAGAGAGAGAGAGAGAGAGAGAGAGAGAGAGAGAGAGAGAGAGGGAGAGAGAGAGAGAGAGAGAAGAGGGGUGGAGUGCAGAGUUAGCGCAAAGGGGCAGGACUUUCUCCCCCUCUCUCUCCUUCUCCCUGGUGCUUUUUAAGAGGAAACUUUGUGUUUUGUUCUUCAAGUUCAGCCUCGUCCUUCCAAACUCUGCUGCUGUGCUGUGCACUUACUUCUCCAGCUAGCUGCUUUGUCUUUCACUUCACUGAUGCCUUUGUUUAUUAGGCUUUUCUUACUUUUCCGCGGGAGUUUGAGUAUCAAGAGAAGAUGCGCUUUCAAAUAAUUUGCAGUGACAGCACCUUCAGAAGUUCUUUUUGCCGGUGUUUGCUCUCGGUUGUGUGCUGACUUACUAAGAGGCGAAUGUUCCACUGCGGAGCGCUUGUGUUUGGCUGAAGAUGGAUUGUGUUGUCCACACUUGUGCUGGCGGAGCGGUGCUGCUGAGACUAUUGCUACUAUGCGCUAUUGGGCUCCACUCUGGCGAUGCAGUGCACGGCGGGAGUUUAGUCACUUUCAAAGCAUCAUCCUUACCUGGGAAUGCAUCGCUCCCUUCAGUAACUGAGAGCGGCGUGGAUGGACUGGUACAAACAAUAGACAGGAUUUAUCACGGGGGCGGGAAAGCAGGCUACCUGCUGUACCUAGAUGGCAAGCGCUUUCAGUUGGAUAUGGAGAGGGACGAAGCGCUUCUGUCGCACCAUUUCAGCUCCAAGUAUGUGACUGAUCUGUUGGGGGCGGAAGAGGGCGCACCGGCAGUCGUGCACCGGGGAUGUGUUUACAGAGGCACCGUGGACUCCAACCCAGAGUCUUUGGCGGUGUUCACUUUAUGUGGUGGUGGUCUCGAAGGGUUUUUCGCGGUGGAACACGCUCGUUAUACCAUAAAACCGUUAGUGCGCGCCAAAGGUCAUGAAAACGAUGUGCACGUGAUAGAGGACAAGGACGCAGAGCGCGCGCUUCACUACUUCAUCCGCGAGCGCUUCAGCUUCGAGGAAUUGCCCUCUGGCGAGAGCUGUGGCACCAGGGAACGCCGACGCAAGAAAGACCCCUCGGGGAAGCGUCGGAGGAAGGGCCGGGGAAAGGGCAAGAGCCGCCGGCGUGGAUAUCACAGUAGCAUCCCCGAGGAUGACCACGUCCACGGGGCGCUCGGCAGGAGGUGGUGGGAAAAAUUCUCAAAGUCUGUGACACCACCACAGGUCGAUGACGUCAAGAGGCACAAAAGGUCUGUGUCGCGCGCCAGGUAUGUCGAGCUCCUGCUGGUCGCCGACGAGUCCAUGUCCAAAAAGUACGGCAAGGACCUCAACCACUAUCUGAUGACCCUCGCCUCCAUCGCGUCCAAGCUGUACGGACACGCCAGCAUCGAGAACCCCAUCAAGCUGACCGUGGUCAAAGUGAUCACGGUGACAGACAAGGAGAAGGGCCUGGAGGUGUCCAAAAACGCGGCGGCCACUCUCAAGAGCUUCUGCAAGUGGCAGAACCAACAGAACCCGCUGGAUGACGACCACCAGCAUCACCACGACGCCGCCAUUCUCUUCACCAGGCAGGAUCUGUGCGGGCACCAUUCAUGUGACACCCUGGGCAUGGCAGACGUUGGCACCAUAUGCUCCCCAGAGCGCAGCUGUGCCGUCAUAGAGGACGACGGCCUGCAUGCCGCAUUCACUGUCGCCCACGAGAUAGGUCACCUGUUGGGCCUGUCCCACGACGACUCCAAGUUCUGCGAGGAGCGCUUCGGCCUGACGGAGGACAAGCGGCUCAUGUCCUCCAUCCUCACCUCCAUCGACGCCUCCAAGCCCUGGAGCCGCUGCACCUCCGCCACCAUCACAGACUUCUUUGACGACGGCAACGCCGAGUGCUUAUUGGACCUGCCCAGACAGCCCUUGCUGGGCCCAGAGGAGCUCCCAGGCCAGAGCUACGACGCGGUGCGCCAGUGCCGGCUGGCGUUCGGGCCCGAGUACACGGUGUGCCCCGGCAUGGACGUGUGCGCCCGCCUGUGGUGCGCGGUGAUCCGCAAGGGCCAGAUGGUGUGCCUGACCAAGAAGCUGCCCGCCGUGGAGGGCACCCCGUGUGGCAAGGGCCGGAUAUGCCUGCAGGGCAAGUGUGUGGACAAGACGCGCAAGAGACACUACUCGGCCUCUAACCAUGGCAGCUGGAGUUCGUGGGGUCCAUGGGGGUCGUGCUCCCGCUCGUGUGGAGGGGGGGUCCAGUUCGCCCAGCGCCUGUGCAACAACCCCCCGCCCCGCAACAACGGGCGCUACUGCACGGGCAAAAGAGCCAUCUACCGGUCGUGCAACGUGGUGCCAUGUCCACACAGCAGCAAGACGUUCCGCCAGGAGCAGUGCGAGGUGCGUAACGGGCCCCAGACGGACCCCAAGGGCGUGAAGACGCACGUGGAGUGGGUGCCCAAGUUCGCCGGGGUGCUGCCCAAGGACGUCUGCAAGCUGACCUGCCGCGCCAAGGGCACCGGCUACUACGUGGUCUUCUCUCAACGGGUAAUUGAUGGGACUGAGUGUCGACCGUAUAGUGGCUCGGUGUGUGUGAAAGGGAAGUGUGUGCGUACGGGAUGCGAUGGCAUUAUCGGCUCCAAACUGCAAUACGACAAGUGCGGCAUCUGUGGAGGGGACAGCAACGGAUGCAUUAAAGUAGUGGGCAACUUCACCAGAAAGAGCAAGGGCUACACGGACGUGGUCAAGAUCCCUGUGGGCUCCACGCACAUCAAGGUGCGCCAGCACAAGCCCAAGGGCCAGCUGCGCUACACGGCCUACCUGGCCCUGCGCCGGCCCCCCGCCUCCGGCAACAGCGCCAGCGGCGGCGCCGGCGGCGAGUACCUGCUCAACGGCAAGUUCAUGAUCUCCACCAGCGAGACCAUCAUCCCGCUCAACGGCAGCGUGCUGAACUACAGCGGCUGGAGCCAGCACGACGAGCAGCUCCACAGCAUGGGCCCCGGAGCGCUGCGGGAGGCCGUCACCGUCCAGAUCCUGGCCACCGACAGCAAGAAGCCCCUGGACGUACGCUACAGCUUCUUCAUGCCCAGGCCCGGAGGUGGUGGUGGUGGUGGUGGUGGAGGUGGAGGAGUUGGAGGGUCAGUGGGUGGUGGUGCGUCGUCAUCAUCAGCUGCUGCUGUGGCUUCUGCGUCGGUGUCUAAUGGGGAGGUGACGUCAUCGUCGUCGUCGUCUUCAUUGGGGACAGUGGUGCCGACGGCAGCGCCGGUGGCCCCUGCAGCCCCGGCAGCAGUACCCCCCAAUCCCAAUGCUGCAGCCCUUCCUCAACCGCCCAAUAAUCCCCGACCCCCCGUUGUGGCGGCGCCACUACCGCCGCCUGUGCCCCCCACCGGCCCGCCGGGUCCCAAGUGGGUGACGGGCUCGUGGAUGAGCUGCUCGCGGACGUGCGACACGGGCUGGCAGAGCCGCACGGUGCAGUGCAAGGACGCCCAGGGGCGCCUCGCCAAGGGCUGCCCACUCUCCGCCCGGCCCUCGGCCUUCAAACACUGCCUGGUCAAGAAGUGCUGAGGAAGAGGGAAGGGCUGCUGUACUGGCAGCUUUGGCAGAGUCAUUUGAAAAGCCCCCACUCAAUUCAUACAAUUUCAUGAGGACCCAGUCAAUGGGGCAACUGACUCUUGUGCACCAUUGACUCACUCAAUCACUCCAUCCACUGCCCACUCUGCCCAUUAUGGUGGUGCAUAGGGUCAGGAGAGAUCAUGACGGGAAUCGAGGAAACGGACCUUGAUGUACUUUCUGUUCCUCACCCACUCUUCCCGGAUAUGAGGGAGAGCGUAAAGGGAAGAAGAGCGAGAGAGAAGGGUGUGGGGGGUGUGGACAUGUGGACACUCUCAAUCUGACACUCACAUUCUCUUCCUUGGUCUCUCCCUUCACUAUUACCCUAUGUGGCGGGGGUAAUAAAGGGAGAAAGGACAGUGGGACAAGACAUUGACAAGACCUUGCUAUCUCUCUCUCUCUCUCUUUCUCUCUCUCUCUCAUCCUCUCCAUCUCAGUCUCUUCCUAGACAUUUUGAAGAAGGAAGUGGAGGAAGAGCAAAGGCCUAAAGGAAGGGUAACGAUGAUGGCAACCCAACUCUCCCUGCCCCCCUCUUCCUCUUCCCCUGUUCCUCAGACACUUCCUUAAUGGUGCCACAUGACUCCUAGAGGUCACUCCUGAAGGUCACACCUGAAUGACCUUUGGUGAUGUUCAUCCUCCACUUCCUUAAUGGUGCCACAUGACUCCCAGAGACCUUUGGUGAUGUUCAUCUUCCAUUUGAGCUGACCUUGAGGUUGUGAUGUUAGAUGUUGUUUUUUUUAGGAGGUGUGCCAUUGACUGUGUCGACCACACCCCUUCUGUUUCAUCAACAGGAGCCCUGCAUCCCCCAACCCUCAGAGCCUCAGAAAACCCUCCCGCCAUAACACCUCCAUUCCACAAUUCCCCAAAUCCUCCCUACUUCUUCAAACCCGUGCCGCCUCCUUCUCUCUCCCUCUCCCUCUCUCUCUGUUUCAUCGCGCCCCCUGACCUCCAUCCUCCUCAUCUUUUUGGAAGCUAAAACUUGAAGCGCUGCCAUUUGUUGUUGCUCAUGCAUACAUACAUGUUCCCAGGUUGAGCCACUGUGCCCCAGGCUAGUUAGCCCUGGGCACCGGGAGGACGGAACUGUGACUGGUGGGGGGUUAUGGAGGAUUAUGGGGGUGUGAUGGGAUGGGAUGGGAUGAGAUGAGACUGGAUGCGAUAUGAUGGGAUGGUGGGACCUACUGUACUGCCAGGCAAAAAGCAUGCUAUUUUCUAAUGGGACCAUUGGAUACAAUCACGCAUCCCGACAGCCCCAAGGGAACCGUGCACAGCUGGGGGUUGAGGCGUUGGACCGGAGACAGGCAUUGUGCUAGGUGCUCACUCUAGAACUAGACCUCUACUAGUAUUUGGACUGGGUGCGUGCGAGUGUACGUGCAUGUAUGCACAUACACGCUUUAGAAAGAAAGAGU